AUGGAUAGUGGUCCUCAAGAAAAUCAUCACAAAAAUGAAAAUGCAUCGAAAACUGACUCGGAUACCCAAUCAGAUCUAAAUGACUUAAGGUCUAUCUCAUUUUCUAGUACUUCUUCCACAGAAGAAGAGUUAAUGGUUAAAGCAGGAUGGCUACGCAAGAAAUCCACACACCUUAUCAAGCGUUGGCAGUGAAGAUAUUUUGUAUUAAAAGACCACGUCCUUUUUUACUAUAACAACGACAGUGACCAGCAGCCAAGAGCUACUAUAAAUUUCAACCAGAUAACAGUCGAUAUAAACGUAAUUAACCCAGAAUCCCCUGAAGAGCUCAUCAUAAAGCCUUUAGGCUCCCCAAGAGUUUUUAGGCUCAAAGGAAACACAGCAGGAGAAAUAAAAGAAUGGGUCGAAGCCUUAAAAAAACACAUAAAAACAUCAGAAGGGUUUAAAGAACAAAAAUACAUGGUGACCAUCAAAAAAGAGUUCUGAAGGUACCCAAGGAUAAGUAACGACAGAUUUGAAGAAAUUGUACAAACAGGCGAUAUUUUACUAUUUAGAAGCAAAGCAAUACCAGCAAAAAUGCAAAGGGCUGUUACUGGAAGUAAAUAUGACCAUGUCGCUCUGCUAUUGAAACUGCAAGAUGAUCAAGUAGCACUACUUGAGUCUACAAGCCAAACUGGAGUCCAAGUCUUGUUAUGGGCAGACUUUAUGAGGUAUCAGUGGCAUUUGCUGUAUACCAGACUUGUAUAUAGAAAACUGAAUAUUGAAAGAACUGAUCAGUUUUUAGAAAAAACGGCGGAGUUUAUUCAAGAAGUGUCUGGGAAGAAAUAUAGGCUUGCUAAAGCGAUUUUUAAGAAAAGCAAAGGAUUGGAUCCAGGGUCAGAAGAAGGGUAUUUUUGUUCUGAACUUGUAGCUUCAGCUUAUAAAAAACUGAAGUUAAUUGAAGAAAAAGUACACCCUUCGAGAGUUUGGCCAGGGAAUUUUUCAACUGAAAAACCGGUAGAGCUAACUGGCUGCAGCUUAGGGCCAGAAGUGCUAAUUGAUUUUGAGCUAGGCUUCGAAGAGUAA